GUCUUUUUAGUCGAAUCCAAGUCUUGCUUCCCUUUUGUUUAAUGUCCACAAUCUCAAAAAAGAGACAUCCAACUGAUUGGUUACUAUAAGUCUCUCUCUGGUACGUUAUUCUUUGAUUUAUCAACAUUAAUUAUACUUGCAUUUUUCUCUCCUUAUUUUCUCCAAAGUCCAUCACUUGAAAAUAAUGAUAUUUUUUUUUUCAUAUAUGCUAUGGUUUUUGUUUAGCGUAGGAAACAAGGAAACGAAGAGUGACGUCACCUUAUUUUCAUAAGCCAUCGUUCCUCGUCUUCAAUGCGAGGAGACCUUCUUCCCGGAGAACACUCGUCUCUCUCUACAAUCUCUUCUUCACCCUCUCCCAUAAGCUCCUCACUUCGUUCCCUCUCUCCCUCAUCAUGCCCAAACCAAACGAUGCGGAGGCCGUCCCGCUGCUGGAUCUAUCAAAACCGUCGUCACCGAUCUCCUUCCCGAUCAAAUCACUCCAAGACCUGGAAUCUCGAUCUUACUUCGACUCUUUCCACUUUCAGUUCAACCGCUCCACAGUCCCUCUCCGGGGAGACUUACCUAAUAAUCGCCCGAGGGUUUUAGUGUGCCACGAUAUGAAAGGAGGUUACGUAGACGACAAGUGGGUCCAAGGGUGUGAAAACGACGCCGGAUACGCGAUUUGGCAUUGGUAUUUGAUGGAUGUGUUUGUUUACUUCUCUCAUUCGCUGGUGACGAUUCCUCCUCCUUGCUGGACCAAUACAGCUCAUAGGCAUGGCGUUAAGGUGUUGGGGACUUUCAUCACGGAAUGGGAUGAAGGAAAAACUACCUGCAAUGAGAUGCUUGCCACUAAGGAGUCUGCUCAGAUGUAUGCUGAGCGUUUGGCUGAGCUUGCUACUUCUCUAGGUUUCGAUGGAUGGCUGAUAAAUAUAGAGAACGAAAUAGAUAAAGAACAGGUUCCCAAUUUGAUGGAGUUCGUAAGCCAUCUAACAAAAGUCCUGCAUUUAUCCACUCCUGGGUCUUUGGUUAUAUGGUAUGAUAGUGUCACUGUUCAUGACCAUCUUAAAUGGCAAGAUCAUUUGAAUGAAAAGAACAAACGUUUCUUUGACUUGUGUGAUGGUAUCUUCAUGAACUAUACAUGGAAGGAGAGCUACCCAAAAUUAUCAGCUGAAGUUGCCGGGGACAGAAAAUAUGAUGUUUACAUGGGAAUUGAUGUCUUUGGUCGCGGCUCCUUUGGUGGUGGGCAAUGGACUGUUGAUACUGCUCUUGAUUUGCUGAAGAGAAACAAUGUAUCAGCUGCCAUUUUCGCUCCUGGAUGGGUAUAUGAGACUGCACAACCACCUAAUUUUCAUACAGCUCAGAAUAAUGUACAAUGUGUAUGCAGAGAAUGUGAAGUCAACUGGUGCACUAAGAUCGAGGAAGGUUUUGGAGAAACCAAGAAGCGAGAGAGUGUUCCUCGGAAUCUCUCACGUACCGGCUUAUUACGUAUCGGAACUGGUGGUAGAUUCGGACGUGAAAGGGGUCAGCUUCGUGGUGCAACCGUGUGGUGAAGAUGGGUUAUGGAGAAAGCUUGAUGAUUCCCCUAACCUUCUUGUGGACUUGGAGGGUCUCUCGUAGGUUGCUGGAAACAGUGAAACGAUUCAUAAUGUAUAUUACAAAAUUACAUUAAUCUAGAAAGUGGGGAAAACAUGAUAAAAAAACCUGAACUGAUAACAGAUCAUCAUCGUACAACUUCUUAAAAAUAUAAUUAAUGUACAUUAAUUUCCUUGUAUUUUAUAAUUAU